AAAAGCAGGCUGGGCGCCAACGUCAUCUUUAGCAAGCCCCAAAUUUAUUUCGGUCCUGUGCUCUUUUCAUCAGUCCUCUUUUUCUUUCCUUCAACUCUCUCCUCUAAAGAAGCCCUUCAUCUUUGCCUUUAUUAUUCUCGACUUUAUAAUGUCGAUCGUCCCUCAAAUAACUACCAAAUUCUUUUCACACUCAAUACCGUUUGAAUAGUUGGGCUCUAUAACCACCCUGUAUUUGUACUCGUUACAUCUACUUGCUUAUCGCGCAGAAAGCGCGCCAGCGAACAAAACUACCCACACCACUUUCUAUCACAGUCUAGGUGUAUAAUAUUAUACCCCACGCUCAUCAACAUGCCCGAUCUCCGCCGCCAGGUUCUGGAGAGUGGCAAGACCAUGUCUCGCAAAGCAGCCUCGAGGGAAGGCUCCGGGCGAAAUUCGCGCACCAACUCCGCGCAAAACUCUCGCCAGUCAUCUCGAAAUGCAAGCAGACAAGCUUCAGACGAUGAGGAUGCAGGCAACCUCAGCGACGAUACCGCGGUCAGUCUUGGCUCGCUUGACGAUCUCGAAAAUGCUGAUCUCGACAACAACAACGACAACUGGACCCAGGAGCUUCAUGAAGUCAUCGAGGACAUCUUGGAUCGCAAGCGGAGCAGCACGUUUGGCCGCGAAGAAACUUAUUCUGCGUUUUGUCGCCUCUCCAAGUUCCACUUCAUAGAAGAGUCUAUCCGGCGCCGAGUUCCCGAUCUUCUAGCUGCGUUUACCCGCAGCAUCAAAUCGGGAGCUAGUGAGCGAGAGAGCGUGCUUGCACUGCGCGCUCUGGGACUUCUAGCAAUAACCGCUUCGGACUACACCAUAUUUGAGACCGUGGAGCCUCUCCUCACCCGUAUGAUUCGCGAUUCAACCUCAUCUGAAAUCAAAACAACAGCAAUUCAUUGUUUGGGAACAUGCACUAUGUUCGGCGGUGCUGGGGAUGACGGUAUCCAGGAUCAGAUGACGUUCCUUUUAGACAUAGUCGCUUCUGAUGGACAAUCCAUUGAUGCGCAGGGCAGCUCCACUUGCGUUGGUGCGGCACUCCAGAUGUGGGGUUUCAUGGCGACAGAAAUCGCAGAUCUUGAAAACGAAAGCGAAGACUCGAUUCAGAUAUUCAUGGAACAGUUGACCGCUAAUGACCCCAACGUACAAAUAGCGGCUGGCGAGAACAUCGCCCUCUUAUACGAGAAGAGCUACACCCCCCAAGAGGAUUCUGACGAUGAAGACGAGGAGGAAGAUGCUGGUUAUGACAGCGAGUCCGAGAAAGAGAACCUCCGCGGCCCCAAGCUGAUUAAACGGUACGACCCAUACCACAACACGCCCGAGCUUGAGCGCCAGUUGCAAGCUCUCGCAACAGUGCAUACAAGACGUCUGAACAAGCGCGAUAAAAAGAACCUCCACAACAACUUUGCGUCCAUCUCCACUACGGUUUCAGACCCGCGCCGCGGCCCGAUGUAUAGCUCUGCAAUUGACCAUGAGACAAACCGACACUACGGCAGCAAGCUCACCGUCAAGAUCGGCCGGCAAGGCGUCGUGCAUAUCGAUCGCUGGUGGAAAUGGAUCCGUCUGAACUCGCUGCGCCGUGUGCUUCAGGGUGGCUUUGCAAUCCACUAUUUCCAGGGCAAUCGUGCUGUUCUAGACAGCCUUCCGGUCGUAAUGGUUCGGAUGCAGAAUGAGCCAAUGGACCGUUCCGCUUUUAAGAAGGCAGCGAAGAUGCGAAACAGUUUGCGUUGGGCGGCAGCGCAUUCUGACAGUGACUAGAUUGAUUCGCCUUCAUUACAGAUUCCUAUUAGUUUUUCUAUUCCUAACACGUUUUGCUGCUUUAUCUUCAUUUUAUGACAACCAAAAAUUUCCCUUUGCGAAUACCUGGGCGUAUCCAUCUUCCGUUCCUUUCGAUGCUCCUAGCCUUAUUUUUGGUUCAUGUUUGUUUUGGUUUUCAAACUUUUCGAUACCAGAUAUAUGUGUGGCAACGC